AUGGCUAAGAAAGUGUAUAAAAGCCCUAGUUUCCUAGUUGGGUUGGCAAGAGAAAUAAGUAGGCUUGGUCCAGCUGAAGAUGUGUCCAAAAUUCUUGGGAAGUGGGUGCAGUUCCUGAGGAAAGGGUCCUUGUCAUUAACAAUAAGGGAACUAGGUCAUAUGGGAUUCCCUGAGAGAGCUUUGCAAACAUUCUUAUGGGCACAAAAUCAACCUCAUCUCUUCCCUGAUGAUUGGAUUCUGGCCUCAACUGUUGAGGUCUUGGCCAAGAAUCAUGAGUUAAGAAUUCCAUUGAACAUAGACCGAUAUACUGGUUUGGCAAGUCGUGUUGUGUUGGAGGCAAUGAUCAAGGGUUUUAUAAAAGGAGGAAACCUUAGACUUGCGUGGGAGGUUCUAGUAAUGGCCAGAAGGGAUAAAAGAAUGUUGGAUUCCAGCAUUUAUGCUAAGUUAAUAUUAGAACUUAGAAAGAACCCUGACAGACACAGGCGUGUGUUGCCCUUGUUAGAAGAACUUGGAGAACGAGAUGAAUUGAAUUUAAGCCAACAAGAUUGUACCGCUAUAAUGAAAGUAUGCACUAAGAUGGGCAAAUUCGAAGUAGUUAAGAGCCUGUGUAGUUGGUUCAAGCAGUUUGGCUAUCAACCAAGCAUAGUAAUGUUCACUUCUGUGAUUCACAGCCAUUACACAGAGAAGAAAUACAGAGAGGCAUUGACUGUAGUUUGGGAGAUGGAGGCUUCAAAUUGCCUUUUUGACCUUCCUGCUUAUCGUGUGGUAAUAAAACUGUUUGUUGCUCUGAAUGAUCUAUCUAGGGCAAUGAGAUAUUUUUCAAGACUUAAAGAGGCUGGAUUUUCUCCCACUUUUGGCAUAUACAAGGACAUGCUUCAAAUUUACAUGGCCUCUGGGAGGACUGCGAAGUGCGAAGAGAUCUGCAAGGAGACUAAUAUAGCUGUUGGAAUUCCUUCCCUAAUGCUUCAUUUGUUUGCGGAUGAGUGUUGUAGUUACGGAUGGAUUUUAGGUGUGUCGAUGUGCGAUGAUUAUGUGGAUUUGGUUCAGCUGAAAUUGACUAGUUCUGCAGGCUACCAGAAUGCUGAAAUAGCAUACCAUUUGUUUGAUGAAAGUCCUACUCAGUCAUUGAGGAGAAGUAGACCACGAAAGGAUAAUCGGUAUCGACCCCAUCCCAAGCAACCUCCAGAUUUUGGUGUUAAUCUGUUCUUGAAGAAGCCUAGCACCACCUCUAAACCAACCGAGGAUGAUUUAGAUAUCGAGGAAGAGCAUGAUGAAGAGGAAGAUGGAAAUAUUGGUGUUGUUUGGGAAUCGGAUGAGCUUGAAGCCAUCUCAUCACUUUUCCAAGGUAGAAUUCCACAAAAACCUGGAAAAUUGCAUCGAGAAAGGCCUCUUCCUCUUCCAUCUCCCCACAGGCUCCGACCUUUGGGGCUACCUAAACCAAAAUCACAAGUGAAAUUGACGACUCAGUUUAGGCUUGGUCCAGCUGAAGAUGUGUCCAAAAUUCUUGGGAAGUGGGUGCAAUUCCUGAGGAAAGGGUCCUUGUCAUUAACAAUAAGGGAACUAGGUCAUAUGGGAUUCCCUGAGAGAGCUUUGCAAACAUUCUUAUGGGCACAAAAUCAACCUCAUCUCUUCCCUGAUGAUUGGAUUCUGGCCUCAACUGUUGAGGUCUUGGCCAAGAAUCAUGAGUUAAGAAUUCCAUUGAACAUAGACCGAUAUACUGGUUUGGCAAGUCGUGUUGUGUUGGAGGCAAUGAUCAAGGGUUUUAUAAAAGGAGGAAACCUUAGACUUGCGUGGGAGGUUCUAGUAAUGGCCAGAAGGGAUAAAAGAAUGUUGGAUUCCAGCAUUUAUGCUAAGUUAAUAUUAGAACUUGGAAAGAACCCUGACAGACACAGGCGUGUGUUGCCCUUGUUAGAAGAACUUGGAGAACGAGAUGAAUUGAAUUUAAGCCAACAAGAUUGUACCGCUAUAAUGAAAGUAUGCACUAAGAUGGGGAAAUUCGAAGUAGUUGAGAGCUUCCGUUACACAGAGAAGAAAUACAGAGAUGCAUUGACUGUAGUUUGGGAGAUGGAGGCUUCAAAUUGCCUUUUUGACCUUCCUGCUUAUCGUGUGCUAAUAAAACUGUUUGUUGCUCUGAAUGAUCUAUCUAGGGCAAUGAGAUAUUUUUCAAGACUUAAAGAGGCUGGAUUUUCUCCCACUUUUGGCAUAUACAAGGACAUGCUUCAAAUUUACAUGGCCUCUGGGAGGACUGCGAAGUGCGAAAAGAUCUGCAAGGAGGCUAAUAUAGCUGUUGGAAUUCCUUCCCUAAUGCUUCAUUUGUUUGCGGAUGAGUGUUGUAGUUACGGAUGGAUUUUAGGUGUGUCGAUGUGCGAUGAUUAUGUGGAUUUGGUUCAGCUGAAAUGUGUGGAUUUGUAG